AUGUUGAGUGCACGAAGUCAUAUAACAAAACAAAUUAGAUUAUUUUCUAGUCUUCGUGAAAAAGCUAUUAAAGUUGAUCCAAGAUAUCUAAGACAACCUGAAAUUAAAGAUCAUAGAAAAUAUCCUGAAUAUCCAACUAUUAAUGUAUGUUUACUUGGUUAUGAUUUUGUUCCUUUGGAGUCGUAUCAAGCAUAUGUUCACAAAGUUGCUAAUCGUUUUAAUUUCAAUGUCAUUGAAAGUUAUGCUAUUCCAGGGAAAAAUGAAAAAAUUGUCCUUUACAGACCUAGGUCAACUAUACCAGAUAGAGAAUUUUUUUUAACAACAUAUCAAAGAGUUAUCCGUAUUAGUAAUAUUCCAUCAGUUAGAUUACAACUUUUUUCACAACUCAUUAGAACACAUGCUCCAAUUGGUAUAAAUAUUAUUAUAAAAGAAUUCUCUAAGGAGGACGAAAAUGAAAGGUAUAUUCCUGAUAUUGUAUUGAAAGAAAAGCAAGAAGAAUUGAAAAGUCUUGAUGAUCCAUUUGUUAGAAAACAACUUGGUUGGGAAUAA